AAUCGUUAACAGUUUUGUCCUGCGGUUGUCUACCUUUUGCGCCUUUUGCCUACUAAUCAAAAAUAAGGUGAGUUUCAAUGACAUCUCAGGAUUCCAUACAAAAAACUCUAGAAGGAACUCGUUGUUUAUCUCAACGGAUGCGUGCAACAUUUGAUGUAUCGCGCACCACCUGCACAAUCGGCACCGUCUCAGUGCCCCUAGAAGCACUACGAUCUGACCUGUUCUCACUAAUCGAACAUGCCAAGAUCCGGAUUCAUAAGGCCAGCGUCAAUCAGACGGCCCCGCUGACGGAGAAGCAGGCCAAACUGUUGAACGACGCAAUAUACUCGAUGAGUUCGAUCUUGCGCAGACAGGAACAGUUAACUACGAUGCAGAACCGACUGGAUGAUCGUUCCGCCGUUGUUUGUGGUGAGGACUUUCAGGAACAAAUGAAUACGUUGACCAAAAAACUAAAUGCCAUUGCCAUUGAGAUGGCAAAACUAAAACGGGCGAACGAUAACAUCUUGAAUAUCUACUCGAACUAUGAGCUGGAGAAUGAAGAUGAAUGCGAGUCGGAUAUUGACGGGGACACGGAUAGCAGCGAAGGCAAUAACACUGUGUUCAAACGAUAGCACACGACGGAACGCUUUGAGAUAAAUGUGAUCGUUAUGUUGUAUUUAUUUAGUUGCUACACAUUAAUAUAAAUCAUCGAGAUAAUAAACAACAAUAAAUUGCUAUGUAACGAUUUUAAUGUGUUCCAAAAACAAUUUCGGUGUUGUUUCACGAAGAAAUAUUAUAAUGUUACACGUUUAGUAAACCACAGAUAAUAGGCGCAUAGGCCUAUAUUAGAAAUUGAUGUUAACAACUAAUGCAGCAAGCUGACGUGACAAUGAAUAGGGCACCUGUUAUUUCAAAUUUAACGAACGACUAAAACGUGUGACGUGCAGCAAUCGUUGGUAUGCAGUUAGUAGAUGGCAGUAGUGAGCAAUCGAUAUAUGCUGAUAUGAUACACUGGCUUGUUGAGUAAGUUUUG